AUGAAGAUGUGGAAUGGAGUGGGAGAGUUGAUCAUAAGAGACGAAGGUGAUGCUGGUCGCCGGUGUGCUCAGGAAACAGAUGGAUUUGAUUCAGCUGAAACCACUCCGGCCAAGUGGAGCUCUUCACCGGAUAAGUUGGAUGCAUUGGCAAUCGGUCAACCAACGUUUGCCAAGGAUGAGGAUGAGCUAGGAGCUUUGCGAUGCGAUUGGCUUCCUCCCAGUCAUUUCCAGUGCUUUCAGACGUGUGAUGAAAUUCUUCGAGAAGUGGUGGAAGAAAUCAGUAUUGCAGGCUCAGUGUUUCCCUCUAGACGGGUAUUUUUGCAAAGCAAAUUGCAGAAAAUUGGAUCAAAUGAGAAGGAGGGGGAAGAUACAGUGUAUGCAUUUGGAGAGACUAAUUUGCAGAGUCUGUUCGAGCGGAUUGCGACCAGGGGUGGCAAGGGCUUUGCGAAAGAGGAGAUUGGAGAGGGCCAAACAGCCGAAGCGGAGAGCUUUAAGACAACUGCGACUGAAUCCUCGACCAAGGCGCUUUCUGGACAUGGUGAAUCCUGA